AUGAUAAAUGCAUGUAAAACAGCGUCGGCCAGACGGAUCACGGCGGUGAUCCCCAAUUUCCCGUAUGCUCGUCAGGACCGUAAAGACAAGUCGCGGGCUCCUAUUACCGCCAAACUCAUGGCCAACAUGCUGGAGACUGCUGGGUGUAACCAUGUGAUUACUAUGGACCUCCAUGCAUCCCAGAUCCAGGGCUUUUUCGACGUUCCUGUCGAUAAUUUAUACGCAGAACCCAGUGUUGUCAAUUAUAUCAAGAACAAUGUGGAUUAUAAGAACGCUAUUAUCGUGUCACCCGACGCAGGAGGUGCUAAACGAGCUGCUUCUUUGGCUGAUAGAUUAGACCUGAACUUUGCCCUGAUUCAUAAGGAACGAGCUCGUGCUAAUGAAGUGUCGCGAAUGGUGCUUGUGGGUGAUGUUUCGGACAAAGUGUGUAUUCUUGUCGACGACAUGGCCGAUACUUGUGGAACACUUGCCAAAGCCGCCGAUACACUUUUGGGCCACGGAGCGCAGUCGGUGAUUGCCAUUGUCACGCACGGAAUUCUGUCUGGCAAAGCCACCGAAAUCAUCAACAAAAGCAAACUGCACCGAGUCGUGUGCACAAACACUGUUCCCCUCGAAGGCAAAGAGCUGGUGUGCGACCGGCUCCAACUUCUCGACGUCAGCCCGGUGCUGGCCGAGAGUAUAAGACGGCUCCACAACGGUGAGUCCGUGUCGUACCUGUUCCGCAACGCACCUGUUUAA